CAUCUCUCUAACAGAAGCGGUUGCGGUGCCGAACAGUGCUGCCCCUGCCCUCUGCAUGCUCUGGUUUCUGCCGCCAUUAUCGAUUCUAUCUCACUACGUCGUCGUUUCUUAGGACUAUUCCUACCGGUUCUUUUUUCCGACGAUUUUUCUUUCUUAUCUUUGAAAAAAAAAAAGAAAAAAAAAAUCGAAAAUUUCAAAUUCCACGGAGCAGCGUAAAGUUUUUUUUUUUUUUUUGGAAGAAAAUAUUUUUUUUGUCAUUGAAAUUAUUGGAGAAUGGCCCAGAUUCAGGUUGAGAUUCCUCCCCCAAAUGGAGUGGGUAACGUUGCAAAUGGCGUGAACCCGAUGGUGCCGAUAUCGUUGUAUGUUGGAGAUCUUGAGGUCAAUGUCACUGACUCACAGCUCUACGAUUUGUUUAGCCAGGUGGGUCAGGUCGUUUCCGUUCGGGUCUGCAGGGACUUGAGCACCCGGCGGUCUCUCGGCUAUGGUUAUGUCAAUUACAGCAAUAUCCAAGAAGCUUCAAGGGCAUUGAAGGUCUUGAAUUUCACUCCUGUCAAUGGCAAACCUAUCAGGGUAAUGUAUUCUAAUCGCGACCCUAGCGUGCGGAAAAGUGGGACAGGAAAUAUAUUUAUUAAGAAUUUGGAUAAAGGAAUAGACAACAAAGCUCUACAUGAUACGUUUUCAGCAUUUGGAAACAUCUUAUCUUGUAAGAUAGCUAUUGAUGCUUCGGGUCAGUCGAAAGGAUAUGGUUUUGUUCAAUUUGACAAUGAUGAAUCUGCUAAAAAUGCUAUCAGUAAGCUGAAUGGCAUGCUACUGAAUGACAAACAAGUUUUUGUUGGGCCUUUCCUUCGUAAGGAGGAAAGAGAGUCUACUGCAGAAAAAGAAAAAUUCAACAAUGUAUAUGUGAAGAAUUUGUCAGAAUCAACAACUGAAGAAGAUCUCCGGAAAGUAUUUGGUGAAUAUGGGGCCCUUACAAGUGUUGUGGUUAUGAGGGAUGGAGAAGGAAAAUCAAAAUGUUUUGGAUUUGUUAACUUUGAAAAACCAGAAGAUGCAGCUGAAUCUGUAGAGGCUCUUAAUGGUAAGAAAUUUGAUGAUAAAGAGUGGUAUGUUGGAAAAGCCCAGAAAAAAUCUGAAAGAGAGGUUGAACUGAAAGGGCGAUUUGAGCAGACUAUAAAGGAGACUGUAGAGAAAUACGAAGGACUAAAUUUAUACGUAAAAAAUCUAGAUGAUGGCAUAACCGAUGACAGGCUAAGGGAAUUAUUCUCGGAGUUUGGUACAAUUACUUCAUGCAAGGUUAUGUGUGACCCUAAUGGUAUAAGUAGAGGAUCAGGAUUUGUUGCCUUCUCUACUGCUGAAGAAGCAUCCCGAGCUCUUGUGGAGAUGAAUGGUAAAAUGAUUGUGAGCAAGCCACUUUAUGUUGCACUUGCACAACGUAAGGAGGAUAGAAGAGCAAGGUUGCAGGCACAGUUUUCUCAAAUGCGUCCUGCAAUGGCACCUCCCGUUGCUGCUCGUAUGCCUAUGUAUCCCCCGGGUGCUACUGGUCUUGGACAAGUAUUUUAUGGUCAAGGCCCUCCUGCUAUUAUUCCUCCCCAACCUGGAUUUGGGUAUCAGCAGCAAUUGGUUCCUGGGGUAAGGCCAAACUUCUUCGUGCCCAUUGUCCAGCCUGGUCAACAAUCCCAGCGUCCUGGGGGCAGGCGAUCUGGAGCAGGACCAAUGCAACAGACUCAGCAACCAAUUCCAAUGAUGCAGCCACAGAUGGUUCCCCGGGGACGUGUUUAUCGGUACCCUCCUGCUCGCAAUGUGCCUGAUGCUUCCAUUGCUGGAGUUCCAGGAGGCAUGCUUUCUGUUCCUUAUGAAAUGGGUGGAAUGCCACAUAGGGAUGCUUCAUUUUCACAGCCUAUGCCCGCUGGGGCUUUAGCUACUGCUCUUGCUAAUGCAACACCCGAACAGCAGAGGACAUUGUUGGGGGAAAAUCUAUACCCACUAGUGGACCAGCUGGAACAUGAAAAUGCAGCGAAAGUAACAGGGAUGCUUCUAGAAAUGGACCAGACUGAGGUUUUGCACUUGCUGGAGUCACCGGAAGCUUUGAAAGCAAAAGUUGCUGAGGCUAUGGAAGUUCUAAGGAACGUUUCUCAGCAGAAGCAGCUGCAAGGCAAUACUUCAACUGAUCGGAUGGCUGCGCUGUCGUUAAAUGAGAAUCUUGUUUCUUAAGUUUUGUUAGUAGGGCCAUGGCACCUAUGAUAAGCAGUGCAUGCUCAAUGAAGUGCUUAAUUUUUGAAA